AUGGCAUUUCAUGGUACAACUGAAAAGUUGUACAGUGAGAACAAUGGAAAUUUCUUGAAGCUUGUUGAAUUUUUGGCUCUUUUUGACCCUGUCAUGACUGAACAUGUGCGCAGAGUUAAAGAUGAAGAAACUAUGGUUCACUACUUAGGAAAAGAGAUCCAAAAUGAGCUUAUAGAGCUUCUAGCAACUUCCAUAAAACAGAACAUUUUAGCACGUAUAAACUCUGCCAAAUACUACUCAGUUAUUUUGGACUGUACACCUGAUGUUAGUCAUACUGAACAAAUGACUAUGAUUGUACGUUUUGUCGAUGUCAUCAUGCCAUCAGAUACUGAAACAUCUGAGCCUGAGGUUACAAUAAAAGAACAUUUCUUGGGAUUUGUUCCUCUAAAGAAGACUACUUGUGCCUUUAUGGCAGAAACUCUUCUUUGGCUGCUUGAGCAAAUGGGAUUACCACUUGAGAAUCUGCGUGGUCAAGGUUAUGAUAAUGGGAGUAACAUGAGAGGUAAAGAACAUGGAGUACAAAAGAGAGUUCUUGAUAUAAAUCCACGUGCCUUUUUCGUGCCCUGCAGUGCGCACUCUCUCAAUUUGGUUGUCAAUGAUGCUGCUAAGAGUUGCCGGGAAGCAACAGGCUUCUUCAUGUUGGCUCAACAGAUCUAUAAUUAUUUAUCUGCAUCAACUCAGCAUUGGCAAAUACUAACUAGCCAUGUACCUACCAUUACUGUUAAGCCUUUGAGUCAAACAAGAUGGGAGAGUCGGAUUGAUGCUUUGAAACCACUGAGAUAUCAUCUUGGUAGUAUAUAUGAUGCUUUAAUGGAGAUCUAUAAUGAACCACACCCACAUAAAACAACAAGUGAAUCUCUUGUUGUAGCGAAGGGUCUUGCUGAAGACAUUAGUAAGUUCAAGUUUGUGGUAUCCCUUGUUGUAUGGUACAACAUGCUUUUUGAAAUAAAUCUGACAAGCAAACUACUACAAAAUAAGGAAACUGAUUUAAGUUCAGCUACAAGUCAAUUACAAGUAACCAAGAAUUAUCUUGUGGGCUGUAGGUGUGAUGAUGGUUUUGAACAAGUUUUGAUAGAUGCUAGUGUGACUGCAAAGGAGUUAGAAAUAUUACCAAACUUUGAGACAGAACAAUUUAGACAAAGGAGAAAGAAAAAACAGUUUGGGUAUGAGGCCCCUGAUGAGGCUCCACAAGAUGCAAAGCAAAAAUUCAAAGUGGAUUUCUAUUAUGCUAUUUUAGAUAUGGCCAUUCAAUCUGUUGAAGAGAGAUUCCAACAACUACAACACUAUAAUUCCGUAUUUGGCUUCCUGUAUGAUAUAUACAGCAUCAACAAAAAAUGUACUGAAGAUGUACGAAAGGCCUGCAAGACUUUGGAGCAGUCAUUGACACACAAUGAAAACAAAGAUAUUGAUGCUGAAGAUCUGUGCUGUGAACUUCAAGCAGUUGCUCGAAGGCUUCCAGAGUCUAUGCGACCACAAAAAACGAAGAAGAUGAGGGCGAACUUCCCAGAUUUACCCGUCACCCAAGCCGCCCUUGACAUUAGGAGGAAGCUGCAGAAGCAAGAGGGCUUUGCAGGGAUGAACACUACCAAGCUGUUGGCCGUCGCCAACAGGGCCAAGAGUUCCUGGGUGCCAGUAGUAGAAGGACAUUAUGAGGCUGAGGUUAGCAUGGGAAUCCAUGUCUCUGGGGCCAGGGAUCCAACCGGCCAAGUCCAGUUCCUGAUGAAAGGGGACUGGGAGAAGCCCACUGAGCACCUUGUCCACGCUAUGUUCUGGAAGGAAAUGGGCACGGUCAUGGAGGUGCCAGCUGUUACCAAGAACCUGUUUGUGGACUUAGCAGAGCGAGUAGCCCUAAGCUUGAGUGUGACCAACUGCUACGUCUGUGCAGACACCAAGAUCAAUGACCAAGGGAAGGCCAUAGAGGAGAUCACGGAUCGCAUGCGCAAACUAGCACAUGUUCCAGCUUAG